AUGGAUUUUAAUAAAUGUCUAUUUUUUUCAUACAAAUCUAUCAGAAAUUCAUACAAAUCCAAUCGAAUUUCUCCGAUACGUGACAUACUUUAUCACCACACACGAAAACCUUUUGGCGUGCGCAUUUCCACGGAUUUACCCGAAGGUCCUGGUCUUGGCAGUUCAACAUCGUUUGCUGUAUGUCUGGCAGCGUGUUUUCUUCAUUGGAGAUGUCUACAAGGUGGUCAUCAUAUUGGAUUUGACGAUGAGCAGUUAAGGACGAUUAAACGUUACACUGAAUCCUGUGAGGAUGUUAUGCAAGAAGAUGUGUUCCCCUGGAUCGAUGCUGAAAUUUGCAUAUACGGCAAUAUAAGAACAUACCAAUGUACGCAUUAUAAAUCUCUUUUUACAAGUAUCAUAAAUUUACAAACUGUUAUAAAGAUUCUAAUAAUCGCAACAAGAUGUUACCAAAAUAAAAAAACACGAGCGCAACUAAUAGCAAAGAUGAAAUCUUCACAUCCCGAUUUUGAUUCAAUCAUUAAUAAAUUAGACGAAUUUGCAACAACAAUAUAUGAUAGGCUUGAUUACAUUAAUUGUAAUCGUGACAACGUACAUCCCAUUACCCAUGUAUCAGCAUAUGAGAAUGCUUACAUGGAUUUACAGGAUGACAUUAGGAGGAAUCAACAAUUAUUGAAGGAGUAUCAUUUGUCGUAUCCGAAUAUGGAUAAUAAAGUUUCGAAGAUUGCAAGUGGAUUUGGAUAUGGAGCGAAGAUUACAGGUUUUGGAGGCGGAUUUGCAUACAUUGUGCUACAACCAAAUAUUACAGACAUGGAAAUGGAUUUUUUAAGAGAAGCAUUUCAUAGUAAAAUUUUCAAAACUGUAGUUGCCACCAUCGAUUGUGAAGGAGUUAAAAUUGAUAAUUAAUUCUGAUGAAAUAAUAGCGAUUAAUAUAUCUUUACAUUUUUUAAUAAUGAUGAAUGAAAUGUAAAAAAAAGAUAAAUCUAGAAAAAUAAGGCAAAAUUAUUAACUUAAUUGCAGUAUUUUAAGAAUACUAAGAACAACAUACAUUUUUUUUCUAUAUAUAUACAUACAUUCUGUUAUUUGAAGAUCGCGAAUUUUUAAUAAUGUAUUGAAUUAUGAAAUCAAAGGUGAGAAUCAUUGAAUUUUUCUUGUUAAAUAUAUUGAAAAAUAUUGGUUUCUUAUAAUUUGAAAUAAUGUAUGUGAUAAAAUUGCAUCAAGAUCAUGUGUUACUAUAAAAUAUGCAGAGGAUUUUUCGAUUCAUAAUUUAAUUUAUAUACAUAAUGUUUCAUAAUUUACAACAUAUGCGAUUUGAAUGAUAAAUCAGUUGAAUAUUAGUCGAAUCAGUUUUGAAUAUUUUUUUGUAAUUUUUAAGGAAGAAAUUAUAAAAUAAAAUAUAUAAUUAAUGUUAUUUAUCAGAUGGACAUAUCUGGAUGGAUAUAUAUCUCAGUUACGAAGUUGGUUAGUUUCUAUGUUAAAUACUAUCCGGCGUAUGUUUUAUUGAUAAAUGUUUUUGUAAAAAAAUGGAAUAGGUACAAUGAUCUUAUGUAAAAAUUUUGCU